AAGAUCAUUUAACUGAAGGUGCCUCUUCAUCAAAGAAUCCAGCAAGAGAAACAGAAUUGAGAGACAUGAUUUUUAAUAUUGCCAAGGAAAUGGGGGAAGAUGACUUGAAAUCAUUGAAAGAGCGAUGUGAUGUUUAUCAGCUAAUACCAAAGGGGGAUUUAGAGAAAAACACAGAUGCAUAUAAAGUGUUUGAAUCUUUGCGUGAACAAUCCAAAAUCAGCAUUGACAACACAAAGUUGUUAGAACAAUUAUUAAGGGAUAUAAAGAGGAAAGAUCUGGUGGAGAAAUUUGUAUUGCCAUUUACAUCAAAGAAACAGUAA